GCGGCUCCCGCCCCACUAGCCUGGCCCGCCCCCCGCACCGAGCGCUCUUUCGCCCGGCCUCCGGUUCUCGCCGGCUCUCGGGCCCGCCUCCGAAGACGUGGAGUGCAGCGGCGGCCGGUGAGUCGGGGAGGGCCCCUCGGACCCCCAGCUGUCGGCGGCAGAGCCCGGCUCAGUGCAACCACAGAGCCCCAGUCGCUGCAGGCUCCAGGAGCUCCUCCCGGCCGCCGCCCUGCGUUCCCGGGCCGCCUCCCGGUGCCAGCACCCCUGGGGAUGGGAAGUGGGACCAGGAUGGGCGCGGAGGCUGUGGGGGCAGGGACGAGUGAAGGUGUUGCGGGGAGCGGCGGUCGCAGGGGAGGAGAGAGAUUUGUCAAAGAUGAAAGUGACCUUAUCAGCUUUGGAUACUUCUGAGAGUUCUUUCACACCUUUGGUAGUCAUAGAAUUUGCUCAGGAUGUCAAAGAAGAAACCAAAGAAUGGCUGAAAAACAGAAUUAUAGCUAAAAAAAAAGAUGGAGGUGCCCAGUUGUUGUUUAGACCAUUGUUAAAUAAAUAUGAACAAGAAACACUAGAAAAUCAGAACUUAUAUCUUGUUGGUGCCUCCAAGAUUAGAAUGUUACUGGGGGCAGAAGCAGUGGGAUUGGUAAAAGAGUGCAAUGAUAACACCAUGAGAGCCUUCACAUACAGAACCAGACAGAACUUCAAAGGUUUUGAUGAUAACAAUGAUGAUUUCCUGACAAUGGCAGAAUGUCAAUUCAUUAUCAAACAUGAACUUGAAAAUCUUAGAGCUAAAGAUGAAAAAAUGAUCCCUGGCUACCCUCAGGCAAAGUUGUAUCCAGGAAAAUCAUUGUUGAGAAGAUUGCUCACGUCUGGCAUCGUGAUUCAGGUGUUUCCACUGCAUGACAGUGAAGCCCUGAAGAAGCUUGAGGACACCUGGUACACUCGGUUUGCUUUGAAGUAUCAGCCCAUAGACAGUAUUCGUGGCUACUUCGGGGAAACAAUUGCUCUGUACUUUGGAUUUUUGGAAUAUUUCACUUUUGCAUUAAUCCCCAUGGCUGUCAUUGGGUUACCUUACUACUUGUUUGUGUGGGAAGACUAUGACAAGUACGUGAUCUUUGCCUCGUUCAACCUGAUCUGGUCCACAGUUAUUCUGGAAGUGUGGAAGCGUGGCUGUGCCAACAUGACCUACAGGUGGGGGACACUGCUCAUGAAGAGAAAGUUUGAGGAGCCCCGGCCGGGAUUUCAUGGUGUCUUGGGUAUCAAUUCCAUCACUGGGAAGGAGGAGCCUCUGUACCCCAGCUACAAGAGACAGUUGCGCAUUUACCUGGUCUCCCUGCCAUUCGUGUGCCUCUGCCUCUAUUUCUCACUGUAUGUCAUGAUGAUUUACUUCGACAUGGAGGUUUGGGCCUUGGGUCUACAUGAGAACAGCGGGUCUGAGUGGACCAGUGUCCUGUUGUAUGUGCCCAGCAUCAUCUAUGCCAUUGUGAUUGAGAUCAUGAAUCGUCUCUAUCGAUAUGCUGCUGAGUUUUUAACUUCAUGGGAGAAUCACAGAUUGGAAUCUGCCUAUCAGAACCAUCUAAUUCUGAAAGUUUUAGUGUUCAACUUUCUCAAUUGCUUUGCCUCACUCUUCUACAUUGCCUUUGUCUUGAAAGAUAUGAAGCUUUUGCGCCAGAGCUUGGCCACUCUCCUGAUUACCUCCCAGAUCCUCAACCAAAUUGUGGAAUCUUUUCUUCCUUAUUGGCUCCAAAGGAAGCAUGGUGUGCGGGUGAAGAGGAAGGUGCAGGCUUUAAAGGCAGACAUUGAUGCUACAUUAUAUGAACAAGUCAUCCUGGAAAAAGAAAUGGGAACUUAUUUGGGCACCUUUGAUGAUUACUUGGAGUUAUUCCUGCAGUUUGGUUAUGUGAGCCUUUUCUCCUGUGUUUACCCAUUAGCAGCUGCCUUUGCUGUGUUAAAUAACUUCACUGAAGUCAAUUCAGAUGCCUUAAAAAUGUGCAGGGUCUUCAAACGUCCAUUCUCAGAACCUUCAGCCAGUAUUGGUGUGUGGCAGUUGGCUUUUGAAACGAUGAGUGUUAUAUCUGUGGUCACUAACUGUGCACUGAUUGGAAUGUCACCACAAGUGAAUGCAGUCUUUCCAGAAUCAAAAGCAGACCUCAUUUUGAUUGUAGUAGCCGUGGAGGUGCUUGCUUCCUCUUCACCUUCUGCCACGAUUGUAAGUUUCCUGAGGCCUCCCCAGCCAUGCAGAACUCACGCACUCCUGGCUUUAAAGUUUAUACUUGCAUUUGCCAUACCUGAUAAACCACGGCAUAUCCAGAUGAAACUAGCCAGAUUGGAAUUUGAAUCUUUGGAGGCACUCAAGCAGCAGCAAAUGAAGCUCGUGACCGAGAACCUGAAGGAGGGACCAAAGGAAAGCGGGAAGGAGAAGGCAACCUGACUGCCCGGCGUGCCCAGCUGCCCUGUUGGCAGAGGCCUGUGUCUGUGCCACACCUGCCACAGUGGCAGGGGGGUACCUGGGGCAGCAUCGUGGCUCCUGAACCCAGACCCAAUGCUUAGCCAAAUGAAGUGGCUCCUAUGUGGCAAGCACCCUUCUCAGUUUCGCAGUGGCUUGGGGCUCAGAAUCCUUGGCAGUUCCUGGCAGUUCCCCCAACCCCGCCCUGUCUGCUCCUUCCCAGUUCCUUGCCGGGCCCCACACACUGCUCUAGCUGCCAACUUUGCUGCAGAGCCACUGCCGCCCUUGAGCCUCUCACCAUGAGUGAGCCACCAGCUCUCCACGUUCCCCUCACAGCAGUGUCACUCCCGACCCCACCAUGGCCCAGGGACCUGUGGACAGGUUGGGGAUGGGGUGUGUGUCCACUGUGCUCAUCACAGGAGCCUCAGUUGAGAGUGAGUGGGGUACAGUAAGGCAGCGCUUCCCACACUGGACCUCUUUCCUGGUUCUCUUUUGCAAUACAUUAACAGACCCUUUAUCAACAUAAACAAUAGUAACUGAGCUAUUAAA